AUGGGUACAAAAAAACCAACAAAAGCAUUACCAAGACCACGAUUUGCUCUAGCAAGAUUCUUUUUCGAUUUAACUACAAAUCAAAAAUUUGAUAUAUUUAUAAUGAUAUGUAUUUUUCUUAAUAUGCUUUGUAUGUGUCUUGAACAUCAUAAUCAAAGUGACACUUAUGAUCAUGUUCUUGGAUAUAUUAAUAAUUUUUUCGUUGCCAUAUUUACUGUUGAAUGUGGUAUGAAAUUAAUUGCAUUAAAUUUUAAAUAUUUUACUAUUCCAUGGAAUGUAUUCGAUUUUGUCAUUGUUAUUGCAUCCAUUCUUGGACAAGUAUUAGGAGAACUUAUGGCAAAAUUUUUUGUUAAUCCAACAUUAUUACGUGUUGUUCGUGUAGCACGUGUUGGACGAGUCCUACGUCUUGUUAAAGGAGCAAAAGGUAUUCGAACACUACUUUUUGCAUUAGCUGUUUCAAUGCCUGCUCUAUUUAAUAUUGGUCUUCUAUUAUUUCUUGUCAUGUUUAUCUAUGCAAUAUUUGGUAUGUCGUUUUUUGCAUAUGUACGAAAGUCAGCUGGUGUAACAGAUUUAUUUAAUUUUGAAACAUUUCCUAAUUCAAUGAUUGUACUUUUUCAAAUGUGUACUACUGCUGGUUGGUCUGGUGUUUUACAAGCGUUAACAAAUGAUAAACCACCAGAUUGUGAUCCAUAUAUAAAAUCUCCAUCGAGUAGAGGUGAUUGCGGAUUAACAGCUAUUGCAAUACCAUUUCUUGUUAGUUAUUUAAUAAUUAGUUCACUUGUUGUGGUUAACAUGUAUAUUGCCGUCAUCUUAGAAAAUUUUUCACAAGCUCAAGAAGAUGUACAACAAGGUUUAACUGAUGAUGAUUAUGAUAUGUAUUAUGAAAAAUGGCAAUAUUUAGAUCCAUCGGGUUCACAAUUUAUACGAUAUGAUCAAUUAUCAGAUUUUGUUGAUGGUCUUGAAGCACCACUACAGAUUCCAAAACCCAAUCAAUUGUUACUUGUUGCUAUGGAUUUACCAAUAUGUGCAAAUGAUCUUAUGCAUUGUGUUGAUAUACUUGAUGGUCUCACAAAAUACUUUCUCGGUACACUUGAUGUACCAGCAGCAAAUGCAGAAACAGAUGGACCAAAUGAUAUGAGAAAAGAUCGUCCAAAAGAUUAUCAUCCAAUAUCAUCAACAAUUCGACGUCAACGUGAAAUUUAUUUAGGUCGAAUGGGUUUAAAAGGUUUUCGAUCUAAUGUUGAAAAACGUCGACAUGAACGAGAAUGUCGUGAACCAAUACUUGAACGAGCUCAAAUUGAUGAACUUAUUGAAUUAGAUGAAUUAGGAACUCCAAGUUUAGAUUUACAUCAUAAUCAUACUUCAAAUUUAAUAAUAAGAAGAUUAUCAAAACAACAACAAACAACUGAUUCUAAUAGAUCAUCGACUUGUUCUUUUGACGCGAGAUCAUCAUGUUGA